UUUCUAUUCCUUAUCACAAAUACUUUUCUGAGCACCUGCUCCUCAUUCUCAUCACUUCUGAGUACAUGUUCUUUGUCAUACAUGCCACCAAACACCUUCCUCAUCCUUCACGCAAAGGAACAUAUUGUUCAUCGUGUUACGCUAAUGAACACCUUAAUUAUUCAUCAUUAUUAACAUCACUGCAAACAUUUUCUUACCCUGAGCAGCGUCACAAACCUGCAAUAUAUUUUACUCAUUCAUGUGAAAAGGACAGAAUUGGGGCUCCUGAGAGUGUGGAUAGGUGUGAGCGUUUCAUGUCGGCGACUUUUUCUUUGAUGUAAUCACUUUAUUGAGAGGCUCUGAUAUUAUAAGUGGUGGUAAACGUUGGUAAAGAAAAUUUCAACUGUUUUGUGUCAAUUUAGUGUUACUUCAUCCCUGCGACCGAUAGGUUUCCCAGGAGUUGUGAUGUUAAGUCCUGGCCAGACUUCAUUCCUGACUAGACUUGCUGGACGAGAGAUAAUUUAUUCACCUUAUAACCUGUUCAGGCGUGAUGAAAUCAUGCUCAGAAAAUAGCAAGUGGUUGAACAUCAUCUUUCUGGAUGGAGACUGAGCGCCAUCGUGGUAUUGCUGAGGCCACAGGGAGGGAGCGGCACCUCUGGGUGUUUCUCAUUUUUCAGCCUAACGACUGCACGGUUAUCUUUCUCCUUGGAAACAGAGCGUAACGAGCAUCCGCGCCAUGGAUCACGUGGGGUCCAAGUCUUCCUCUGUCGACAAGGGGCACUACUUUGCUGGUUUCGGGGAUGCUUUGUUCUUCUCUUGCAUGAUGACACUGCUGUGCUCCUUUCUUCCCACUGCGUACAAGCCAGAUCGUCGCUUCCUGCGCCAGCUGCUCAACCUCCUGCACUUCUGCUUCGCGCUCAUCGUCCUGGUCGUCCUCCUCAGCCUCCUCAUCGCUCAUCAGCUGCGAUGCACCUUCUGCUCUCUCCUCCGGCCUAUACUGGUCCAGACCCAUACACGGUGGGACGAUCUGCAGGUCAGCAUUUUCCUCAAAGUUCUUAUAUUUCUUUUACUCAUCUUCAACUUCUUCUGCGCUGCUUAUCUUGAAAAGAUGGGCAGCUCCAUCUUGAAGCGAUGCCGAUAUCUCGCCAGCGGCAGAUGGAUUAAGUCUCUUGCUGCCAUCUUGCCUUCAGCAAAAGUGAACCAAUCAAAAGCACUGGUACCUGCGGAGAACGAAGGUUCCAACACGCGCCUGCGAUUCGUCCGUGAUGUGGGCACCACUGCCAGGUUCCCGACAGAAAACGAGGAUUUUUGCACCUUGCGAAUUCCUUUCGUACGACUGAAGUCAUGUUUGCCGACUGCCGACACAGAGCAGACCUUUUAGGGCAACAUUCCUGCAUCCCUACUGGACUUGCAGGGCAAAGCCCCGAUGACUGUGAAAACGUGCAUUUCAGGUUUUUUUUUUUUUUUGGUGGUGGGGUGGACAGCAGACUUUGUCUCUGUCGACUGUUCUUGCGAAUGAGAGGAUGCAAUGUCGUGUGGUCUGUACCAGUGUAUACAUGGUAGCGUGGCUAGGAGUGGUGCAGUGUAGCUAGGUGCAGCAGUGUGAUGUUGUGCAGCGAGGUGUAACCUGACCAUCACUGGAAGAAAAUCAUCAACUUUAAAACUCUUCUCUUGACAAUAAUUAGUCUUUACACCAAAAUUAACACACGUUCAACGCAGAGACCGAAGGCUAAGUUUUUAUUAAUCCGAAGAUGUUUUUACAUUUUGCAUACCAUGUCAGGGUUGAUGUUGACUAAACUUAUGAUUCUUGACUAAAGCCCGCUUUGCGAAAUUUGAUGCGUGAUAGCAGCGACAUAGUUGGAACUGUUGACAGGCAUCACCUGUUGCAACAUCUGCAGCAAUUGACAAUAGGGAUGUUGGCCAUUUUCUUCGUGCUGCACCUUUGUACUACAGAACACGUCUCACUGCAAUACAUAAAUCGAAGCAGUUUUUUUUUUUUAAAGGGACCCGCAUUAACUGAAUUAUACCUGUCCGGACCAACUGCUGUGGUAGUACUGAGGUCACACAUAACUCUGAACUCUGAACUCUGACUUCAGGAAAGGCUUGAAAGAGGCGUGAACAGUGAAUACAAUCAGCUUUGCCACAAGACACUGUGCGACCGGCAUCAAUGACUUUUUUUUGAGAAAAUCUAACAACAAACAUUCUGCAUGGUUGUGCAACAAAAAAACCUCAAAAUUGCCGUGGUAGUGUUUGUAGGCGUGUACGUGGUAUGCAUCAAUUUUCCUAUAAAAAAAUAAUAAUAACACGUAAUUCAAAAGCAAGCUUCCGCUUUUCUUAAUGAAUUUAAUAUGAAUAUUUCUUUUUUGGUAUAGAUCUGAUAUACGAAUUUUUUUUUAAAAAAAGAUGUUGCCAAAAAUAAAAUUGCUUUCUCGAAAAGAAGUUGCUUUAUAGAUUUUUUUUUUAAAUGGUGAUUUUGGAUGUAGAAAACGGCAGACGAGACAAAGUGGUCUCGGGUAUGUUAUCAACUGUUGAGUGGCUAAACACGGGUGGCACUGCAAACUGAACGCUUUUUUGCCGCUUGCAGACAAAUGGAUUGAAAUGUUUUUCACGCUGUUCAUACAGGUGUAAUGAUAGUCGUGAUCCGUCAGGAACUAACCAAGGAUUGUAGCAUUGUAUGCGUCCGUACAUGCGUUUGUGUGUUUGUGUGUGUGGGGGGGGGGACUGCUUACUAUUUUCUUUGGAGACCUCCAGUGCCACGAAUGAUAGAGCUGCGUUUAAUACCGUGUCCACGUAAACAUUUCUUUGAGCGUUCUGUGUGAUGUGAGUAUGUGUUAGAGGAUGGGAGAAGGCUCGACAGAGAAAACAGAAGAGAGGAAGAAAGAGAAGAAACAAAGUGAGGAGUUGGGAAAGCCUUUGUCGUCAUCAUUGAAAUAACUUCUGCCACAAAAGAUGGUCACGAUUCACUGUCCCCUUCUCCCCAUGUCACCACAACAACUACCAACACAAACAUAUGAUACAAGAGUUUGCUGUAACAACUCCAUUUCCUUGGGCGACAACCCUUAACCUCAGGAGAGGGAUUUAAUUUUUUUUUUUUAUUGCGUCAAAAAAACAACGUCAUGUUUUUAUGAUGACGUCAAUGACCUUUUGACGUCAGGCCCGUUUGAAAGGCAUCACGUUAUUUCCUUGAUGGCGCUGUGUACCCUCGCUGACAUGUGCUUCUAGACACUUCGUGUGUUGUAUGUCAGCUACAAACGUGUCGUGUCACUGACAGGAGACCAUUCUGCUGUUGGCUGUUCCGGCAUCCUUGACAAAAAAAGAAACUUCAAGCCAGUGUGUGAUGUCACAACCGGACAUUGAUGACGGGGAACUGGACAACACACUGCACGCAGUUCCUCCCAACAGAGGCCUGGCGUCCGUUUUCGGUGAAGUGCUGUUCCUGGUGACGGUGUUGACGCUGCUGUACCCGUGCGUGAAGAUGACGUUCGAGCGCCUGGGGCGCCCCUCCCUGACGCAGCUGGUGUUCGUCAUGCAGGUGUUGCUGACGUUCGCCAUCGUGGCGCUGCUGCUGCUGGUCCUGGUGGCGCAACAGAUGCGGAUGACGUACUGCGCCUUCAUUCGCCCUUUCGUGGGUAUCACGGCAGAGGACAAGAUGUACACCAGUACCCUCUUCAGGAUCCUCGUCUUCGUCUUCCUUGGCCUGAAUUAUGCCUGCGCCUGCGUGGGACAGAAGCUGCUGCACUUCGUGGUGGAGCAGGUCCAAAACCGCAACAACAGCAACAUCAACAGCCGCACCCGCUCUAUUGUAAGACCUAGUAGCCCCACCCGCUCUAUUGGAGGACCUAGUCGUAGUGCCAGUCUAGCCUUGUCGGAAUGCUUUGUCUCACCAGUUCGGUUGCAGCAGAAUCAACACCAGCAGCAGCAGCAGCAGCAUUCCCGAUGCGUCUUCCGCGACGCGGAGACCUCGACUCAAUGGCUCGGUGUGAACACGAACGUCUGCGCUUGGACGUCCUCGCAUCAGGAGCAGGAUGAGGAGGAAAGUCGCCACCACCGGAGCAACCUCCUACCGGUCUCUUCCCAUGCAACGCAGACCACGGAGACGGUCGAGCGUCGCCGCAGCUUCCUCGCCUUCCAGGAUGAUGAGAACUAUCCAGGUUACGCCAUCAGGGAGGAGAAGGUCACCCGGGUCGUCUCAGCCGCCGAUCUAGGGGAGGAGGAAACCUCGUUCCUCGAUCUCCGCGUCGACAGAAGCCGGGAAGUGGUUACCGAGGACGGCGAGAAGCAGCGGGAGAAGGUGUCCUGGAUGUUCCAGAUGGUGCAAGACAAGGCCACCUCCAUCAGCAACAGCGAGGCCAGCCGGAGGAGCCAGUUCCAGAGGAGCCCGAUGAGCUGGGUUUUCGCGACGUGGCACUGGAUCCCAUGGGCCCCUGUUCCUUCGGCAGACGCCAUUUGUUUUCCCGAGGAUCCUCCCUCCAUUUUUACCGAAGAUGACCAGAAGCGGCAAGAUAUACGGCUAGCCAAGACCUGUCAGCCUGGGUACGCUUUUUUGACAAUUAUUCUUUAGAGUCUGUUGAGACCGCUUGUCAACAGGACGGCCGGUGCAGGAGGAGAUUUUCCUUCGUUUGACGCGGCUGCUAUACACAGCGCUCACCCGUUUUCACAGGUCAAAGGACAAACAGGAAGGCGAUUUGAUAUCAGGACUUUUUUGGUUGAGAGUGGAGGCAGUGCAUUUUGCGAUGUGUAUGGACAUUUUUUACUCCUUAAAAAUGCCUUCAUGACGGAAAACUUUCGUGUGCGUGGCGGACAAUAUUAUUGAGAUACAUUUUUUAGAUUUGCAUUUUUGAUAACUUUUACUCCUUCUACCCCAACCCCCAUCCAUCUCGUGGGACUUUCUUUGACCAGUUCUCAGUUUAGCCCCUUUCCCUUCAUUCUAUACUUGCCUUUAAAUGUAUUUUAAGCUCUCAAGACAAUCUAUGUUAAAGACAUGUUGAUGUGUACUGAAGCAAUGGAGCUGUAGACAUGCACUCUCUGUACGGAGAGUAACUGUGAUAACAUUUAUAGAGACUGGGUAGCAGAUGGUGCGGACUGGCUACCUGGUUGACUGUAAACAGAUGCAAAGAUAGUGAUGUGCUCAGCGAUGUGGAGUGCAUGUGUAGGUGUCAACACUACAGGGCUUACAUUCAUGUGUGACAGCACAGCCAUACUCUAGCAUACUCUAGCAUACAUCAUACAUACAAUACACAGUUAUAAUGCUAAUUGUAUUCAUGUGUUUACACGAGAAAAGUAGUAACUGCUCCGAUGAUGAUAAACUAAUGCAUAGGUGCAUGUACAUGAUGAUAUAUGUGGAAAGGGCACAGAUGUAUGUGAUGAUACUCUUAUGCAUGGGAAAGAACUGUCAUGAAUGUGACAUUAUGUUAGUGACAUUAGUGGUAGUAGGCUAACAUGACAUGUCAUAUGAUGUAUGAUACACAACACACUGUCACUGGGCAUGCAACACAAACUAAUGAGUGAUGUACAGUACACAACUAAAAAGCACCUGCUGCAGGCAUUUGUUCUGAUAAGCAAUACACAUAUUCUGAGGGGACUGUGGGUUGCAGGGAAUAUGUGAUCCACACUGAUGGUAUUUUUCCUGUUUUCACUUAUCAUAUUGCUUAAAGUUUUAAGACAUAUAUUUUAAAUGAUGGAUAUUUUUGAUAUUCUUUUUGUGAAUUAAGAGUUGUGAUCCUCUUAAAUAUAUAUUUCGUGUAUAUACAAUAAAUAAAAUAUGUGCAA